CGCAUUCACAUUCCCAUUCGCUACAUCGUGCAAAUGAAUGGCGAAACUGAGGAAAAAUAGAGAAGCAGGAGUUCUGACAACAGAUUUAAACACUGUGUGGACACGGAGCAUUGCAAGAGUCUUCAUAAAUAAUUUAUUUGGAGACGAUUCAUUUAAAUGCGAGCGAAUCCCGCUAAAACUAGCCUCGCAGUAGGCCGAGCAUCGACCCCCACUGACAUUCAUACUAACUUUGGUCUCAGUGAGCAACAACAUAGGAUUGUCUCCGUUCUUACAGACUAGUGAAUCGUAGCUAAGGCAACUACGUACAAUGUUCGUUUUCUGUGUAGAUGAGAAAAAAUAUAGCAGUCAAACUUAAAGAGGCAGUCUGAUUAAACCAUAAAACCGAACACGGUUGUGGCAUGACCCCUCAUAACAUCAACAACAAUCCAACAAAAACAAGGACAACUGCAGCAGACUACAGAACAUGGCUCCCCCGAAUCUUGUUGGUGUUUGGCAGAUUCUUAAGUGUGGCCAGCUAAGUGCAGAUUGCAGCUGUGGGAAGAAUUAUGGAAUCGAAGGGACAACUUUCCAACUGGACGAUGCUGGAGAUGUCUUAUGGAAACCCUCAGAGGGAGCUGAAACGAUUCCUAUUUUAAACUGCGAUACAUAUGAGGUCUACAAUCCUAGCCACAAUUCCACUAUCAUACAAUUUGGUGCACACAUUGGUCAUGUCAUUGAAUUCAAGGUUGAAGAUAUGGAUCCACCAGGAUAUAUCACUUUAAGAAAUGAUCUUUGGUGUUGUUUACGUUGUAAGCGAGUGCCCACUGAGGAGUUAGAACCUCUACUUGAUGCACCAUUUACCCUACAUCCAGCAUUAGAAGACGGAUAUUUUUCUGACAUCACUCUUACAGCAGCUAAUGGAAAACAGUUUUUUGUUCAUUCCUGCAUACUUGCUUUAAGUCUGCCAGAUGUUGAUUGGAAUCAGACUGUUACCCCACUUUCGGGUCUUCCAGAAGAUAUUUUGAGUGCUAUACUGUACUAUCUGUAUGCAGAAUGUUUGCCAAAUAACUUGACUGAAGUUUGUGCUCGACAAAUUAUUUCAAUUUUGUCUCAACUUCCUUCUGGAGCUUUGGUCAGACUUUCUGAUUUGUGUGAGCUCUUCCUGAAACAUGUGGCCUUGAAAAAAGAAAUCACAACUCUUACUGAAGAUAUGCAUGCCUGUGGUGAUCAAAUUAUUGAGCACUUUACUGGUGCUAAAUCAGCUGUAAGUCAAGGAACUGAAGCUUUGAAAAGUAACCCUGCAAAAUUAUGCUAUGUCAUGAAACAGUGUGUUCGAGAAUGUGCAGUUGGGCUUGGGAAAUUUGUUGUUCUCUGUCACCUUAUCACAACACGAAAGAAAGAACUCUCCUCUGCUGAAAGAACUGAAAUUAUUCGCUAUGCAAAGUCAAGACUCCCUGUGUUCUUAAAACAGUUACAUCAACUUCUGAAAGCAGUAAAGUCAACAUUCAGCGGGAUGACUUCAAUGCAAAGAUUUGACAUUGCAACAUACAUUGUCCCUGAGAUUGAAUUAGUUCUAGACGUUGUGUCUACCAUUGCCCUAGAUAUCAAGACAGCUUUGGAGCAGAUUAUCAAUGACAUGAGUCCUCAUGUCCAUUUACAUCCUCCAGCAGAUCCUCAAAACAGUAGAAGCGAAAGUUCUUUUAGUACCGACGGAAUCUCUAAUUUAAGAGCAGAUGCAGAGAAUGUACAAGACAGAGAUAUCUUAACUUCUUCUUUGAACGCUAUAUUGACCUUGAAAGAUAUCAGUAAGCUCAGAAGAUUUCACCAAUGGAUGACUUUUAGUUUGGCAUGGCUUUUACAAAGAAGGGAAAACUUUCAUGAAAUGUCAAACACCAAUAAAGUACGAUCGGUCACACGCAAUUUGGAUCAGAUAUUGGAGGAACUACCGGUCUUCCUACUUCGCCUUCAAGACAUUGAUGAUAAAUUAGAAUGGAGAGAAUUUAAAUUCAUAUUUAAAAUUGCAGCCUCAAAAACCUCUGGCUGGGUUGACUUGAUGCUAUCACACAAAAGUCUCCUGCAGCAAGUAUUUGAGCAGGUGUCAAUCCAUGUUCAACGAGAAGAGUUUACCAAGUCACUCCUGAGUUUAGGAUUGAUUGAUCCUCAGCAGGGAUGUGCUGCUCCAUAUUCAGAAAAUGUUGAAGGUUGCAGCAGCUAUGUCCCUUCUACCAGUACAACUUCAGAAAAAUCCGAUGAAAAGUUGAAUUUGUUGCAGUCAGUCUGUGUAUCACCCUCAUCAAGGAGAAGUUACCUAUCCAAACAAGCUCUUCCUUUGCUUAAAUCUGAGGAAGGCUAUGAUAUGGUAUUUGAGGUCAUAGCCACCAAAGAUUUAGACUUAGCUGGGGAAGGGAACCAACCUGGAACUGAAUCUACGCCCUCCGAUGAUGCUGAGCCAAAGGAAGAAAUCCACACUGUGAAGGCUCAUCGGGUUAUUGUUGCUGCUCGCUGUGAUUGGUUUAGGAGGGCACUGUUGUCAGGCAUGAGAGAAACUAUUGAUAGAAAAAUUCUGGUGCAUGACACGAACCCAGCCCUGUUUUUGGUGUUCUUGGAAUACCUGUAUAGUGGUUGUAUUGACAUCAAAGACUUGAGUGUCGAUCAGAUAGCAGAACUUAUGAUGCUCAGUGAUCGUUAUGAGGUUGACACACUCAAGCAGGUCUGCGAGCAACUUUUGAAACGGCAUAUAGAUGGUGAUUCUGUUCUUUACUUCCUAAGCUUGGCUGAUCAGUUCAAUGCUAGAGCCUUGAAGGAUGCUUGCUUGACUUUUGCAUCUCACCACCCAGGAAUAAUGGAUCAUGAUUUGUUUGAAGAACUGCCACAGAGCCUACAGUCUGAAAUUUAUGACUUAAUAAUUUGGGUGAAACCAUCUAUUGCUGAACCACCAGAGCCCACAGAACCUCGUGUCAGGUUUUCCAGCCCUGACCCUGACCUGUCUUGUUCCUCUAGCUUGGAAGAUUUAGAGGACCUUAUGGCUAAUCUCCGUGCAGCUGGAAGUCAGGGAAAUCGAUCCAUCAGUGAUUCAUUGGAGGAGCUCCCACUUACUCAAGAUACCAGCCAACUUGAAAGGUGUGUGCAAGAUCUCUUUGAUAUUGUUGGUGAGGAAGCUUCUCGGCAUGAAUUGGUUCAGCUUGCCAUGGCUGCUGAUUAUGAUGUCAACAGGGCGGCAAAUUUUUACUAUGAGCAGAAGGAACAAUCUUAGAGUUGAAGAAACGGUUGAGGCAUGAGAUAAUGAUAUGUCCAUAUAGUGGCGUUGAGGCGCAAGAUGUUGUGGCUGGCUUUAGCUGCACUAAUCAAAGACUUUUAACUUACAAUUUUGCAUUUGUUGUGACUGCACUUUUCCACCAACUUGGGAGAAAAAAAAACCUUGAUACUAUUUGUGAUCAGAAUUUUCUUUUUGAGUCUGCUAGACUCCUUGCUUUGUUAAGUGACUUUGAUCAGUUUGACUGUUCCUUUUCUAAAAUGAAAUACUGUAUUUAACAGGUUACACAGAUUUUUUUCUUGCAUGAUUUUUUUAUUAUUACUCAAAGCAGCUUUGCCUAGCGCUGAAUCACAUUUUUUGUUUCCUACACUAUCAUUGUUUUCUUUGAAUUCACUUAUCUCUUACUUUUUAAUUGUGAUCUUUUAUUGUUAGGUUGGCUAGUCAUUCUUCAACAUGAGAUUCAAUGUGAUUGUCUUCUGUACAGCUCUUUUUCAAACUGCACCUCCUAGAUUUAGAGAACUUAUUCAGUGGUGCACAGUCCUCAAAUUGGAGGAGCACUAGUGAGUUAGUCUCGUUUCUAGACAUCUAGUAGCUUUUGAAAUUGCAGAUGUGAGAAAUUCUUUGAAUUGUGAUACUUAGUUCUGUUUUUAUUUAUAAGAUUAAGAUUUUUUUAUCAAUUCCUUGUUUUAAAAAAUAUGUUAAGAAGCACCAGCACUAGCUUUUAUGAGGUCUCUCAUUUCAUUGACCACUGGAUCUCCCUUUUCAGUAUUGCAGCAUUUGAUAAUAUUUCAUGUAUGUAACUUUGUCAUUGAAUCCCCUGAAGAGCAGAUUAUGCCCAUAGUUUCAAAUAAUCAGGACUUUCUUUUGAGCAAUGCUAUAUAUUGCACAAUCUACCUCUAUAACCCCUCCAAAGAAAAAAAGGGAAAAAAAAGGCUACAACAUAAUUUUUGUAAAACUCACAUUCUUUUAGAUGAGUUUUAGUAAUGUUUGAUGCAUGAAAGUGUACCAGCUGGUGUGUAUAAUCAGUUACCAUGUCAGGUACAACCAAAGACUGAUAAUUUUGUGGACAUCUAGAAUGGAAGAUAAAAUGUGGGUAAGGAUAUGCCAUGUGUAUUUAAAUUGAUAUCUUGUUUUAAAAUUCCAAAUGCUAAGCCUGGCCUUGCUGUCAUUUUGCUAACACAAGCUGGAUCAUAUUCUAUUUUAAGGAUAUCCUUUUCAUUUGUUCAGCCAUUAUUACAUUGGAUAUACUGCAAGCCUCGGGAAGGUUUUGCAUAGAUUCCUCGAGAGGCUCAUCUUAGAUUCUUCUUUGGAGUGGAGCACAUUCUUUCAGCAAUCGUAUGAGUGAUGAGAGUUCAUUUUUGAUGACGUAUAGAAGUCGAAGACUAAUAUGGGAGCACCCUUCAUUUGUCUUGGACUUAUUUUCAAUGCAACUUGUUACUUGUCACACAUGGUCACAGUAUCGUCCUAAUAUGUUUCACCAUUUCUUUUUUUUGCUUUCUUUAAUUCUGGAAUGAAAGGAUGGUUUUUUUACAUUGCGGCAAGAGUCCACAAGGCUAAGAUGGAAUGAAUUGGGUUUAGUUUGGUGCAAGCAAACAUAAAUUAAAGAAGUCUUUUGUCUUAAGAGCAAACCCAUUAUUAUUAUUGUUAUUCCAUAUCCUCCAGAGAAUGUUGUAUGUCACAUGUUGUAUUAAAAAUUUUGCAAGAGUCUUGCACUAA